AUGACCACUUUACUACUAGCAUUUGUGUGUUUGCAUGUCAUCGCUGCAGCCACCUCUGUGGAAGUUUUAGAUCACAGUGCCACACUGAGUGUGAGCAUACCUGUACGUUCUCCCCUGCGUGUUCCCCUGGGAAGAACGUUGACCAUUCCCUGCUACUUUAUUGACACCUUGGGCCCAGUCACCACAGCUCCAGCCACCCCACCGGUGUCCCCAAGAAUCAAAUGGAGCAAACUGUCAGAAGGCAAAGAAGUUGUUCUCCUAGUGGCCAUGGAUGGGCAUGUACGGAUCAACACUGCCUACCAGGAAGCUAUCUCUCUGCCCAAUUAUCCUGCCAUACCAACUGAUGCUACUUUGGAAAUCAAGAGACUCCGGUCCAACGAUACUGGGAUCUACCGCUGUGAAGUGAUCCAUGGCAUUGAGGACAGCCAGGACACAGUGGAGGUGAAAGUAAAAGGGAUCGUGUUCCAUUACAGAGCCAUCUCUACCCGCUACACUUUAGACUUUGAGAAGGCAAAGCAGGCAUGCAUCCAGAAUGGUGCUGUCAUUGCAACUCCUGAGCAGCUCCAGGCUGCCUACGAUGAUGGCUUUGACCAGUGUGAUGCUGGUUGGUUGUCUGAUCAAACAGUCAGGUACCCAAUGCACCAUCCCCGAGAAGGUUGUUAUGGUGACAAGGAUGAAUUUCCUGGAGUGAGAACAUAUGGUGUUCGUGAUACAGAUGAGACAUAUGAUGUGUAUUGUUAUGCAGAGGAAAUGGAAGGCAAAGUCUUCUAUGCCACCUCUACUGAGAAGUUCACCUUCUCAGAAGCAGCAGAGAAAUGCCAUAGUCUUGAUGCACGUUUGGCAACGACAGGAGAGUUAUAUCUUGCCUGGAAAGAUGGGAUGGAUGUCUGCAGUGCUGGCUGGCUGGCAGACCGCAGUGUCAGGUAUCCCAUCAACAAACCAAGUCCCAUCUGUGGUGGCAACCUGGUGGGAAUACGCACAGUGUACCUUUAUGUCAACCAGACAGGGUAUCCUUACCCUCAUUCUCGCUAUGAUGCCAUUUGCUAUACUGGGGUUGACUCUGGCGCUGUCCUCCAUGAGAAUAUCACGGAUGAAUCUGUCGAUGAACUGGGCAGUGGCUUCACCAUCCAGACAUUCACGGAGGCAGACAUUGAGCUGCAGUUUCCACGCAACACUACUGAGGAAGAAGCUCGAGGAAGCAUUGCAACCUUGGAACCUAUAGACUUUACUACCACCACCUUAGAGGUGGAUGAAGGCAUCACAGCAACUCCGGAUCUCUUUGCAACAGGUUUCACUGAGGAGACAGAGAACAGAACUGAGAUUAGGAUCUGGGAAGACCUAGAAAAUGGUACUGCCUCAACCCUGGAUGCGCUUUUCCCCACAGAUAUUCCAGAAGCAACAUCAGUGGAAUAUAGUUCGUGGGCUACGGCCACAACAGAGUCUGAAUCACCCUCACCGUUUACAGUAGAACAGCCAAUCAUGCCAGGGACAGCUGUUCCUGAUACUGGUCUAGUCCCUCAGAAACCCAUUUCUUCCACAGGUGUUGUCUUUCAUUACCGGCCAGCCACCAACAGAUAUUCCCUGACUUUUGUUGAAGCUCAGCAAGCUUGCCUAGAUAAUCAUGCUGUUAUUGCUACUCCAGAGCAACUACAGGCUGCCUAUGAAGAAGGAUACGAUCAGUGUGAUGCUGGCUGGCUGAAGGACCAGACAGUCAGGUAUCCCAUUGUUGUUCCACGCAGUAAAUGUGCGGGAGACAAGGAGGACUUCCCUGGGGUGCGAACAUACGGUAUGCGCCCAGCAUCAGAAAAGUUUGACGUCUACUGCUAUAUCGAAAGACUGAAAGGUGAGGUCUUCUUUGCUACUCAGACAGUACAAUUCACCUUCCUGGAAGCCCAAGAAUACUGUGAGAGCCAAAAUGCUACCUUGGCUUCCACCGGACAACUCUACGCUGCCUGGAUACUGGGCCUGGAUAACUGUCAGGCAGGCUGGUUGGCUGAUGGAAGCCUCCGAUAUCCCAUUGUUAAUCCUCGUCCUUCCUGUGGUGGAGACAAGCCUGGAGUGAGAACUACGUACUUGUACCCCAAUCAGACAGGAUUCCCUGACCCUCAAUCCAAGCAUCAUGCCUUUUGCUUCAGAGCUCUACCAUCUUUGUAUGAGGAUAUAGAGGAAGACUUAAUUGCAGCCCAGCUGGUUCCUGGAGUAGAAGAAGUCCCUUCUGGGGAAGAAACAACUGUGGAAAUGGAGUUUGCCACUGAUUCUGAAAAUCAAACCGAGUGGGGAACAGAAGUAUUUCCAACUAAUAUAUCACUGUUAUCGGUGAGUCCAUCAGCUGUGAGUCGACCAACUGUUCUCCCCAUUGAUGCAAUACCUGAUGAAACAAGUGCAGAAGCUCCAAUCACAGAGACGUCUGCUUCUGGUUGGAGUUCUGGAAUCCCAGAUAUAAGUGGAAUGAUUGAGCCUAGUGGAAAACCCUCAGGAUUUGGAGAAAGUGAAUUUCCCACUGGAGUCCCUGAAAUGAGUGGGUUGCCUUCUGGAGAGAGUGGGCUACCAUCAGGAGACAUAAGUGGCCUGUCUUCUGGCAUUAUUGAAGUCAGCAUCUUACCUUCUGGAGAUGAAGAAUUAUCAGGGAUUAGUUCAGGAAUCCAAGAGCAAAUACCUGGGCUCCAGGAAGGCAAAGGGAUCCCAGAAAUUAGUGGGUUGCCUUCUGGAUUUAGUGGAGAGCAUUCUGGCAUUGAUCUCAGUGGCUCACCAUCUGGAGAGUAUGAUUAUAGUGGUCUCACAUCUGGAUUUCCUACUGUGUCUCUGGUGAAUGCCACUUUGGUGGAAGUUGUGACCACAGCAACAGAAAGGGAAAUGGAAGGGAAAGGGACAAUUGGAGUCAGUGGAGAUGGAGAUUUAUCAGGUUUCCCCUCUGCUGACUGGGAUGUUAGUGGCAUAACCAGUGGAUUGCCCUCAGGAAUUGAUGUCUAUGGAACCAGUGACAUCAGUGGGCUUUCUUCAGGACUUGGUACCAGUGGGGAACUAUCUAGGAUACCUGAUAUCAGUGAAUUCCCAUCAGGACUUGAUGUUAGUGGACAGUCAUCUGGCCUACUAGAUAUCAGUGGAUUGUCCUCAGGAAUUGACUUCAGUGGGACAUCUGUUAGGACAUCUGAUCUAAGUGGCUAUGCAGACUUAAGUGGCCAAGCUUCAGGUAUUGAUGGGAGUGGUGAACCUUCAGGUGUUACUUUCAUUGAUGCUAAUUUGUAUGAAGUGACAACUCCUUCAGCUAAAGAAGAAGAAGGGAAAGGAUUUGUAGAAAUAAGUGGAUUACCUUCAGGAGAUGAAGAUCUAUCAGGCACAACACCAGGAGUUUUAGAUGUGAGUGGCCAGCCUUCUUCUGGACAAGUAGACUUGAGUGGGUGGGGUUCAGGAGUUACUGAAGUCAGUGGACUUCCAAGUGGACUAACAGACAUUAGUGGAGAAAGCUCUGGUGUUGAUCUUGUCAGUGGCUUUUCAUCUGGAACAUAUGAUUACAGUGGCCUCACGUCUGGGUUUCCUACAGUUUCCCUUGUGAAUGCAACUUUGGUGGAAGUUAUCACACAGCCAUCUGUUGCACAAGAAUUAGGAAAAGGGACAUCUGGGGUAUUAGAAAUAAGUGGGCUUUCUUCAGGACAGGAGGAAACAUCUGGAGCAUUAUAUGAUGUGACAACAGCUAGUGGAAUAUCAUCUGGGAAAGUUGACUUCAGUGGGACUUCAUCAGGCAUUCCAUAUUUUAGUGGAGAAACUACUGAUAUCACUGACUUAAGUGGAGAGUCUUCAACCACAGCCAGUGCUAGUGGUGAUGUCUCUGGAAUCCCAGAAAUCACCUUAGUAACUUCUGAUUCAAUAGAAGCUGUGACAAGACCAACAGUUUUACAGGAACUGGUUGGAGGAACAGAGGCAACAUAUUCCCAUUUUCAUGAAUCAAGUGGGGAAGCCUCCACAUCUGGUACAGAAGUUUCUGCAUAUCCCGAAAGUACCAUAUCAUCCCCAGAAUAUCAUGAAAUUAGCGGUAAGACAUCCACAUUUCAAGAAACUAGUGUAGAAACCCCUUUGUUUAAUGAAACAAGUGGCGAAACAUCAGUCUUGCCAAAAACCCACCUAGAAACUUCAACCCAUUAUGAACCAGGUAGAGAAACAUCUUCAUUAUCUGAAAGCUACUCAGAAACAUCUGGGGUACCAUUCAUCAGUGGCUUACCAUCUGGGGCUUUUGAUGAAAGGAGUCAGAUUAAUGGGGAUAGUUCAGGUCCAGCCCCUCAGGCAGUGUCAGAUACACCAGAGAAAGUUUUUUUGCCAGAUGUCCUAUUUGGCACCAGCAAACCAGAUGUUGAAUUAACUGAACACUCAAGGCAUCUAACUGAGUCUCAGGUUGAAACAGAGACCAACACACAUCCAACACCAGAGUUGGAAACAGGAGAUGUUGCUACUCCAGGGAUUCCACUACCAUCACCAACAGCUACUGAUCUCCUUCCUAACGUUUCAUCAGAGGUGACUGAUGGGAUAGAGCUUCUUACACAAGCUACACCUAAGACAUGUGAGGAGAAACUAUGUGGAACUGGGACCUGCCAAGAACAAGAAGGAAACAUCACCUGUUUGUGCCCACCUGGAUAUAUGGGUGAAUACUGUGACAUUGACGUUGAUGAGUGCCACUCCAGCCCCUGUCUGAAUGGAGCUACCUGUGUCGAUGGCAUCCGCACUUUCACAUGCUUAUGCCUUCCCAGCUACGGAGGGAACCGCUGUGACGUUGAUCUGGCAGAAUGUGAAACAGGCUGGACCAAAUUUCAAGGUAACUGCUACAAGCAUUUUGAAGAGAAACUCACCUGGAUGGAUGCAGAGAACCUGUGCCGAGAAUAUCAGUCCCACCUGAGCAGUAUCAUCACCCCUGAAGAGCAGGAGUUUGUAAACAGCAAUGCACAGAACUACCAGUGGAUUGGGCUAAGCGACCGAGCUGUGGAAGAUGACUUCCGCUGGUCUGAUGGACAUUCUCUUCAAUAUGAGAACUGGCGACCUAACCAGCCGGAUAACUUUUUUGUCAAAGGAGAAGACUGUGUGGUAAUGAUCUGGCAUGAGAAGGGUGAAUGGAAUGACGUUCCAUGCAAUUACCACCUCCCAUUCACGUGCAAAAGAGGAAUAGUUGCCUGUGGAGACCCUCCUGCAGUUGAGAACGCCAGGCACUUUGGCAAGAAGAAGGACCGCUAUGAGAUCAACGCCAUGGUGCGAUACCAAUGCAAUCAGGGUUACAUACAGCGCCAUGUGCCCACCAUCCGAUGCCAACCAAAUGGGCACUGGGAAGAGCCCCGGAUAGCCUGUAUAGAUUCCUCCACCUAUAAACGCAGACUACACAAGAGAAGUUCACGGACUCGAUCAAGGACCAAUGGAAAGAUGAUGGCAUGAUCCACCCUUUAAAGAGAGCAAUUUGGGAGCAGAGAGAGAGAGAAUUUAUGGAACGGUCAUAUUAACAAAAUCGAUAUAUUUUUUGUUGUUGUUGCUUUGGGGGGGGGUCUCAUUAUAUAAGGAACAAUGUGUAUAUAUAAAGAAAAGAACAAAAAAAGGGAGAGAAAAGAACCCUUUGCAAAAUAGGAAGCAAACAUAAUUCCAGCAUUUUUUUUUAAUGAUUGCUAGAUCCAACUAUCUUUGUGCCUUUGUGGGAAAAGGGAUAGGGAGGGUUA